AUGCAAACCAGCUACUCCCCCAACAAGCCCGGCCGAGAGGGCUCUGGGGCCUCGGUUCCGAAAGCCAGAGGGCGGAGGGUGGGCGUGACCGCCGGGGGCGCGGGGCUCCGCGGACCGAAGGCUACACUGGGAGCUUCGGCCCGGAUCCCGCCAGACAGGGGACCGCCAUACCCAAAGUCACAGGUCACUGACUUACCGCGUUUUCAGCGUUGGGGGACCACCACCCAGCUUCGGGAGCUCCGCGCCCUGGGGUACCAGAUCAAACAGGCUGUUAAAAAGCUCUGUGACAUUGAUGUGGCCAAGGUCAACACCCUGAUUCAGUCUGAUGGAGAAAAGAAGGCAUAUGUUCAACUGGCCCCUGACUAUGAUGCUUUGGAUGUUGCUAACAAAAUUGGGAUCAUCUAA